GGAGUGCGAGCGGGAGCGAGCGGCUGGCGUGGGGCGAGGCGCCUGCGCGGUGUCUGGCCCCUGAGCCCGAGGCGCUGAGACAGCCGGGACGGACAUGCGCGGGAGGGCUCCGUGGGGCAGCUGCGGCUCUGCUGGGGGAAUGAAAGCCACUGGUUGACUGUACGCAUCCCUGGGCAUCACAAGUCUGAAGACGUCCCAGAAUAAGGCACCAUGUCCAUGGCAGGAGUGGCUGCUCAGGAGAUCAGAGUCCCAUUAAAAACUGGGUUUCUGCACGAUGGCCAAGCCUUGGGAAGCCUGAAGGCAUGCUGGGGUGGCCGCAGCGAGUUUGACAACGGCUUUUUAAACAUCGACCCCAUAACCAUGGCCUACAGUCUGAACUCGCAGGCGCAGGAGCAGCUAACCUCCAUCGGGCGCACCUCCAGAUCCAGCCCAAUGAGCAGCAGCCACUGUGCAGAGCACGGGCCCCCUCUGAGGUCCCGCCUACCUCCCCUCAUCAUCCCCCCAAGUGAAGGCUGGGGGCAGCAGGAGCAGGACCGGGUGGCGUGUGGACUGAAGAAGCUGGCGGUGAACGGGGUCUGUGCCGCCACACCCCCGCUGACCCCCGUCAAGAGUCCCCUGACCCUCUUCUCCAGCUCAGCACCCUGCGAGCGGGGCUCCCGGCCCCUGCCACCACUGCCCAUCUCCGAGGACCUGGCCCUGGACGAGACAGACUGCGAGGUCGAGUUCCUCACCAGCUCGGACACAGACUUCCUUCUGGAAGACUGCGGGCUCUCCGACUUCAGAGCUGACGGCCCCGGCAGGCGCAGCUUCCGAGGCUGCGGACAGAUCAACUAUGCAUAUUUCGACACCCCGACCGUCUCCGCCGUGGAUCUCAGCCAGGAGCCCGACCAGGCAGCCGGGGCGCCGAGUGCCAACCCCCCUCCGCCCCAGGCCCACCGGAGACUGAGGAGGUCUCACUCAGGCCCCGCGGGCUCCUUCAACAAGCCGGCCAUCAGGAUCUCCAGCUCCGUGCACAGGGCUUCUCCCAAUUCCGACGACGACAAGCCUGAAGUUCCCCCUCGGGUCCCCAUCCCUCCCCGGCCGGCCAAGCCAGACUACAGAAGGUGGUCGGCCGAGGUCACCUCCAGUACCUAUAGCGAUGAGGACAGGCCCCCCAAAGUCCCACCUAGAGAGCCCUUGUCCCGGAGCAACUCCCGCACCCCAAGCCCCAAAAGCCUCCCAUCUUACCUCAACGGGGUCAUGCCCCCCACGCAGAGCUUUGCCCCCGACCCCAAGUACGUGAGCAGCAAAGCACUGCAGAGACAGCACAGCGAGGGGGCUGCCGGCAAGGCACCCUGCAUCCUGCCCAUCAUUGAAAAUGGGAAGAAGGCGAGCUCCACGCACUACUACCUGCUCCCUGAGAGGCCACCCUACCUGGACAGAUUCGAAAAAUUUUUUAGGGAAGCAGAAGAAACACACGGGAACACCCCCGUCCACCCACUCCUGGCCAAUGGCAGUAUCUCUUCAGCCCCAGAAAAGCUGGACCUAAAGCCACGAGUGGACCCGGGAGGCCAUGUGAAGCGCAAACAUUUCUCCUAUGUGGUUUCUCCUUAGACCCUGGGGUCGCAGCUCAGCAGAGGUGCCAUGGGAGCAAGUGGUUCUCUCGCAGUUCCCCAGACCUGUCAAGGUUCCCCAGGAAAAUAGUCCAGAUCACAGGAUCAGAGAGUCGAACUCUCCGUCUGAAUGGGAAGGGCUUAGAGAGUCGGGAGGUGCUGAGGUGCUGAGCAUCCCUGACCGUGUGAGCGUCAGAGAAAAGUCUGCUCAAGCCUGUCAUUGAAAGGUGCGCUGCAGGGAGGAAGGACAAGGGACACGCAUAUGUGUGCACGUUAGACGCCUGCAUCUACACUUGUGGUAAAAUCAUAGAUUCUAGUUGCAAGUUAACCCAGUAGUUCCUGUCUUAGAGUAAUAUAUAUUUAGAACAAUAAAAACUCAAGCUGGAGGAUGGCUCCUGAGAGACUGAAAAUUGAGCAAAUAGGAGAGAAUACAGUAUUGUUUAGCUCAGAAUCAUAAAAUAUUAUAUAUAUAUAUAUUAUUUUUUGCAUAAUAAGGUUGAAGAUUGCCAGCUCUGAGGCCUGUUCUGUUUUGUUUCAUUUAUUUUUACAAGCAGUUUUUCCAUGGAGGGCAGGCCGUACAUUCUUUCCAUGACUUCACCUGCCUGGUUUAAGUCGUCCUGAGACCUAAAUCCUGUAGGUCUUGCUGGAGGGGUGGCAGCACCUUUGGUACUGUAUUCGAACCUGCCUGGGUCUCAUAAAAAUGGGAAGGUAACAGAAUAAGUCAUUUUUCCUUACCAUUCCUUCUCUGUUCCACCCCCAGGAAACGCAGGACACAUGGGGAAAAGCAAACUCUUGGCCAGUGUUGAGGAUGUCAGUUGAAGCAAUAAUGAAACAGUCAGCUGUUGGGUUGAGAGUAUCUGUGUGGAGAUGUGUGUUGUGGGUUUCUUUUUUUUUUCCCUUCCCCUAUUAUAGUUGCAUAUGAAUAAACAAAUACAGCACAAGCUGGCCUUGUGUUGCUGGUUCCUCUUCAGUAUUUCCUGGGGAUUAUUUGCUUUCUAAGUAAAACCCUUCUGACCAAUAGCCCAGUAUGUCUUAAGACCGGAGGUCAUAUCAUCUACUUUGGAAAUUCUCACGGCAGGCUGCUCCACUUGGAUCUGGUGAGACACAGAGCUUGUGUUCCACUUUCACAUGCUUCGCUGUAUUUAUCUCGUGUAGAGCAGCACAGAAGAAAUGGUGCUCAUUAACAGAAGUACCUUACUAUGUUCUCCACAUUAAACAAGCUGUUUACAGUUUAAACUGCUGAGUGAUGUUAUUUGAGCUAUUUAAAGCUUAUAUUUUAGUAUGAACUAAAUGAAGGUUAAAACAUGCUUUAGAAAAAGGCACUGAUUUCUGCAUUUAUGUGUACAGUAUUGGACAAAGGAUUUUAUUCAUUUUUUGUUGCAUUAUUUUGAAUAUUGUCUUUUCAUUUUAAUAAAGUUAUAAUACUUAUUUAUG